AUGAUCCGCCAACGAUUUCCGCUCUCCGCGGCCACCAAAGCCUUGCAGCGCCUGACAUCAAGUCAAUACGCCACACGUGCGUAUGCGACGUCCAAGUCGUCAGACGGCUCCAACGAUGGCGGCAAAUCUCGCGCAUCUCUCACGAGUGCCACAGAAACUCGAGGCUCACAGUCCGUUACGCUACGAACGUAUAAACCCAGGACACCCGGCGUUCGACAUCUAAGACGUCCCGUCAACGACCACCUGUGGAAAGGCCGGCCCUUUCUCCCGUUAACGUACCCCAAAAAGGGCCAAGGCAAGGGCGGGCGAAACGUGCAUGGGCGCAUCACCGUGAGACACCGAGGAGGUGGUGCCAAGCGGAGAAUCCGCACACUUGACUUUGAGCGGUGGAGGCCAGGUCCGCAUCUGGUAGACCGAAUCGAGUAUGAUCCCGGACGAAGUGCACACAUUGCAUUGGUCACAGAGAAGGCGACGGGACGAAAGUCGUACAUUCUGGCUUCAGAGGGCCUUCGGGCCGGUGACAUUGUCCACAGCUACCGCUCAGGCAUCCCGCAGGACCUGCUGGACAGCAUGGGCGGCGUCAUUGAUCCCGGUAUCCUGGCUGCGCGAACAGCGUUUCGUGGCAACUGCCUGCCCAUGCACAUGAUUCCCGUUGGCACGCAGGUCUUUGCCGUGGGCUCUGCUGCGAAGCGCGGUGCCGUUUUUUGCCGCAGUGCCGGAACCUCGGCCACGGUGGUGAACAAGAAUGAGGAGACGCGGGACGACGGCACCAAGAUCAUGACAGGCAAGUAUGUUGAGGUGCGUCUCCAGAGUGGUGAGGUUCGUCGGGUCAGCAAGAACGCCUGCGCAACAGUUGGCGUUGCCAGCAACGUCCACCACCACUACCGACAGCUCGGAAAGGCUGGACGAAGCCGAUGGCUGAACAUUCGACCGACGGUCCGUGGUGUGGCCAUGAACAAGGUUGACCAUCCUCACGGCGGUGGUCGUGGAAAGUCCAAGAGUGACCGAAACCCAGUAACACCAUGGGGUAGACCUACUAAGAGCGGUUACAAGACGCGGCGCACGCACAACGUUAACAAAUGGGUUGUGACGGCCCGGCCUCGCAACCACGGCAAGCGACGAGACAAGCGAUCAUCAAAGGAAUAA